UAACGUCUCUGUCAAAUUACUUCUGUCAAAAUUGUGAGACACGUGCGUUUCUGUUUGUGUAUGGUUUAUUUUUAAAAUAAAUAAAAUUAUCGAGGAUAUUAGGAAAUUUAUCAAUUAAUUAACCAUGGUGAAAGUAACUGAACAAUCAGAUUCCGAAGAGGAAUUAAAUCCUGAAACUCACAAGAAAUCCCUUGAAAAGUUAAAGAAAACAGAUCCAGAUUUCUACAAUUUUCUGGAGGAGAAUGAUGAGAACCUGUUGAAUUUCGGCGAUGACUCCGAAGACGAGGGUUCCGGCGCGGGCAGCGGCGGCGAGGACGAUGUACACGAGCCCGGGCCGCUACAAGGGGACAGUGAUGAGAGCGACUACGAGGAUGAUAGCGCCAAGCCAACACAGGGCAAGGUAACUCUAAAAAUGAUUGCGGAAUGGCAAGCCGAGCUACAGAGUGAAGUCAAAGUAAAGCUGACCACCCUGACCACGGUCAUCAAAGCCUUCAACGCGGCCAUGUUGAGGGUUACCACCGAGGAUGGAGCUGUUGCUGCAGACUUCAAGGUGGAAGGUUCAUCUGUCUUCAAUGCAGUCAUACAGAUGUGUGUUCUUUACUUACCAAAUGCACUAAAGAAGUACCUGGGCAUGGAACAGUCUGGCAAAGAUCCCCAGAAAUGUAAACACUUUAAGAAAAUCAAAGGGCCCUUGAUAGCAUAUCUCUCAGACUUGCUAAAACUUCUGGGAGGAGUCACUUCCACCAACAUACUGACAGUACUGUUGAAACACUUGCACCAAAUGUCAGUGUAUGUGGCUUGCUUUGGGAGGAUAUCCAAGCAAUCUCUGAAGAGGCUCAUCACUCUCUGGAGCAGUGGAGAGGAGACAGUGAGAGUGCUGGCAUUCCUGUGCAUCCUACGGAUUACUAGAAACCAGCAGACAUCCCUACUAGAACUGGUCCUGAAAGCCAUGUACUUGACUUACGUAAAGAACUGCAAGUUUGUCAGUCCGUCCACUUGGCCCGGCAUCAACUUCAUGAGGAGAUCUUUGGUGGAGAUGUUCACUCUGGACCUGAACAUAUCGUACCAGCAUGUGUUCCUGUACAUACGACAGUUGGCUAUUCACUUGAGGAACGCAAUAGUGGUGCAGAAGUUGGAGAAUCGGCAGGCAGUGUACAACUGGCAGUUUGUGAACUCGCUGCACCUGUGGGCGGAGCUGCUGGGGGCCACCGCGGGCCGGCCGCAGCUGCAGCCGCUCGUGUACCCGCUCGUCAUGGUCAUCACCAACACCAUCCGCCUUGUGCCCACGCACCAGUACUACCCGCUCAGGUUCCAUUGUGUGGAGAUACUGAUCAAGCUGUCGAAGGAAGCUAAUACUUUCAUCCCAAUCCUGCCCCAUCUUGUUGAGGUUCUAACAAGUUACGACUUCAACAAAAGGCAUAAGAAGGUGUCUAUGAAACCGCUGGACUUCUCCUGCAUCUUGAGGCUCGCCAAGUCGCAGUUGGCGGAGAACGGCUUCAAAGACUCAGUCAUUGAGAGGGUGUACGCGCUCCUCCUCGAGUAUACCGCCAACGAAUCGAGCAGCAUCGCCUUUCCCGACAUAAUCAUACUUGCAGUUAUACAGAUCAAACAAUUCCUAAAAGUCUGCACAGUUUCCAACUACACAAAGAAAUUACGACAGCUACUUGAAAAAAUCGAAGAGAAUGCCAAAUUCAUAGAGCGCGAGAGAGCCAAGAUCAGCUUCGCCCUGAGCGACACGAAGAUGAUCGCGGCGUGGGAGGCCAGCGUGCGGACCAAGGGAACACCACUGUCGACCUUCUACGACAACUGGAGCAAGAUCAACAAGAUCCAGAAACGAAAGAAGAUCACUAAGAACGACGAAAUGGCCGACGAUCUGCCCAUGAUCAAGAGGACCAAGUUGUCGGAGAAGGCGGAGAAGAAGGUCAGCAGAAACGAACAGGAGCAGCUGGAGCUGUUCCCGUCCGACAGCGAGGAUGAACCCAAGUUUGGGCUCGAGGAUGACGCUGAGGAUGAAGCUCCAAAGCCCAAAAAGGACAAAAAGAAGAAGUUAAAGAAGAAGAAAGCAAAGGCGGCAGUACAAGAUAUCGAAAUUAACGACAAUGUGAAGGAUGAGCCAGACAUGGUGCAAGACUUCAGUGCGGCUGAUUGGUAAAGUUGGACCUUUAUUUAGUAUUUCAGUACUAGCUUAAGUAAUGGAGUUUAUGUAUGUUAUACUAAAUAAAUACAUUAUUGUAAGUAAAAUAUA